UUAUCAGACUACCUUUCCCAGCGACCCUCAUCUAUGGUAAAGGCAGGAAGAGAUGAUCCUUCGUCAAGCUCAUCAGACUUGCUCUCCCUGCCUCCUGAGCUCAUACUCGAAAUCAUAGCCUACCUGCCCCUGGCCGCGCAUCUCAUCUUUCGCCUUCAGGUAUGCAGUGCGCUGCGUACCACCAGCCAUGAUGCGCACGCUCCCCAGAAGAACAGCAGCAGCAGCAGUAGCGACCUCAGCAAUGCCACGAAUAAUGCAGGUAGCCGUCUUCGGACUGUCAGUCUCAAUCUAGGCCCUCUGAAGCUCACCCCGCCUCACUGCUUCUCCCUCUCGCAAUGGCUCGCCGCAAGGCAGGAGUUUCAGCGGCUACGUCUCGCCAGGCCGGACGAGGACAGCGAAGAGGUGCAUGGAGACCUCACGGAGACAGUGGUUGACGAGAGCUCAGGGACACAGCACCUGAUCGCGCCAGAUCUGGAAGCACACAGAGACAGUCUGGCACUUCAGCCUGCUGCCUUUGACUGGCAACAGGGCGCAGCAGCCUCCUUGAGGAGCACGACCUCGGACCCCCGCCCAGUGGCGCCCAGCACUCGGCUGGCGAAUCAUACUCACAAGGUCGGUGUACAGGAGAGACGUGAUGCUGGUCCGGCGCACGAGGCGCGUAUGCUCAGACGCAUCCUCGGCUUCCUGACACUCGUCAGUCCCACAGAGACACUCCCGCCAGAGUGGACUCUGCCACCUUGGGAGGCGAGGAUGGCUGAGGCGGCUAGACGAAGCAAGCUGGCUGAUCUGCCGAGGCUUGCAGAGGGGCUGGCUCCCUGGAAUGGGGUACCGUCGGAGGAGGAGCAGCGUACCUCUGGAAGAUGUGAGACCUCACAAAUGGCUCUCCCUUCCAGUAGGUCUAGACAGAGCAGCGCAGGUGCCCUCCGCACGCUGAGUUUGAUCGGGUGGAGCGGGAUCAGCGGAGAGGAGGUCGUUUCCCUCCUCCGUACGUGUCCGGGUCUGGGUCAUGUCAGAGUGGUCCUCAAGACGGACCGACUGGACAAUGGACCUUGGGAGCACUUGCGGUCUGCACGAGGAGCGAAGCACAUAGCUUACCGCCGUCAGGAGCGAGUGGUCCGGUCUCCCCCACCUGUACCCAAUGAGGUCCCAGCAGCGGCAGAGGAGACGGCGGGUGAUCCGCCUGCGCAGUCUGCAGCCCCAGCCGCAUCCUCGUCCUCGUCCUCUCCUUCUCCUGCCUACCUCGAGACCCAAGUAGUGGUGAACGUCGGUUCUCGUGUCCCACCAGGGGCGCACCUGCAGAUCAAGGGCCAAGGUCUCUCAGCAGGGUAUAGAGCUCUGUGCUAUUCGCCUUCCUCGGUCUCUCAGCCCGGCUCGUAUAACGAGCAAGCAAGAGGAGUAGAAACAGGAGCAGGAAUGGCAGCAGCAGCACUCCACGUCAUCUUCCAAGGUCGCUUUCGCCUGCCCGACGCACUCGAGAUCGAGGAGAUGCUCGCGUGGAGCGAGGUGAGAUGCAGUGCUUGCCGAGCCGUUUUGCUCUUCUGAGAUGUCAGGGGGAUAGAGUCAUCCGAGCGGCAUCUUCGCAAUUGCUUCCUUGGUUUGCUCGCUGCUUCAUUCAUUUGCAAGAGUUCAUAAGAUUACAUUUGGCUGUUACCCGAAUGAGGAAUGGAGAGACGGAAGAGAGAUGAACGCUAUGCGUAUGUACGAU